AUGGAGUUCGAAAUGCGCUACGACACAGUGAUUAUUGGAGCAGGUUCUGCGGGCAGCGUGCUGGCGAGCAGGUUGUCGGAGGAUGCCGGUCGCUCGUGCUUUGCUGCUGGAGGCCGGGCCGGAUAUCCCGACUUCGAGCGGCUGCCGGACCACAUAAAGUACGGCGUUCAGCCCUGGUAUAAUCAGGCUGUUGCCGAUGCCCAUACUUGGGGCUAUGAGGCGCAGGCGACUCCGGAGAGACCGUCUUUUCGGCUGCCGAGGGGCAAGGUUACGGGAGGUUCGAGCGCAAUCAAUGGUCAGGUCUUCUUCCGGGGCAUCCCGGAGGACUAUGACGACUGGUCUGCGGCGGGGCAACGGUGA